GCUAAUUACUCCUGGCCUUUUUAUCCAAUUGCUAACCAGGCAUUGUAUGGUUACGACCAAGCAGCCAACAAAUCUUUCAAAAGCAAGAAAAUCCCAAAUGGCGUCAGAACUCAGGUGGAAGAUGGCAUCCAGGCUCUGUUUGUGCCUGCAGGAGAAGAAGUCGACCUUGGUGACUUUGCUGGUACGUGCAUCAGUAAUCCAUUUCUCUGUCAGAAUUUUACAUUGUCAUUUCUCUUUAAAACUGGAGCCGAUAAAGAUCUAAAGGUCCUGAAUUCGGGCUUGCGUGCUGAUGAUGAGUACGAGUAUGGCUGGUCAUUUGAGAUUUCCAGGAUUUCUCCCUAUUCUGGCAGUGCUGAAGUGACAGUCCCCGGUAGUGGCGCGUUCAGCGAACUGGCGGCUCGCAAUUCUUGGAUUCAAAUAGUUUUUACUUUUGAUUACGGAAUAAUAACCAACGUAGCCCUGUAUCAAAAUUAUAAUGGCACACUAGUAGACAAUCUGUGGGUAUCGGAACAAAGUUAUGUGGAUCAAGACCGGAACACGCGUCUGAAGCUUGGCUGCACAUCCAACACAAAAGGGUUCUUUAUAAGCAACCUAAACUUUAUUGGAAUUAAGCUGAGUGUAGAAGAAAUUCAAGAACUUGGGAACAGGAGUUUUAAAGAAGGUAUGAUGAAGGGUUAUUAAAUGAAGGGGUUAUUAAGGGUUAUUAAAUGAAGUAUAACUUAAAUCCUUUUGCAGGGUAAUUGUUUUAAGCAAGACAGAAUAAAUGGACAGAGAAAGAAACGCCCAUUCUAGCCCUUAGGAGAUGAGAAUUUCACCAAAGUUAUUUUUAGACCAAUGAAACACUUGAAAUUAAUCGGAAAUAAGUUUUCGCAGAGGUCCGCAAACUUUUGUUUGGUCUUAGAAUUCAACAGUCGCCAUUAAAAUAUUCUGCAUUGUUUGUUGUGAAGCAGUCAGUCGCCAGUGGACUUGAUGACGUUUUAAACCAUGGAUAAAAAUUUGCGGACGUCUCAGGAAUUAGGCUUUCGUUCCAUUACAUCCUGUUAAAAUAACUCAGCCAACGUCCGAAGAUUCGAUCUCUGGUCCAUUAUUUUCUCUUGUUGCGUUCGACGUAAGGAGAACGCAACACAUAAUCUUGGGAUUCUUGUGGUACUAAAGGGUGACCUUUUGUAGUACUCAUUUCAUCGUACGUCUGCAUUUUCUGCGCCAUUUUGAAUAAUUUAACCGUGGCAGGAUUAGCUCAGUCGGUAGAGCGUUUGAAUGCAGAGCGGGAGGUCGCGGGUUCGAUUCCCGGGGCCGGACCAUUACUCAGGGUCUUAAAAUGACUGAGAAAUGAAGGUACUUCCUUUGCACUGCAAGCGGUGAGACCUUCGCUUGGCUCGGAUGACCACGUAAAAUGGCGGUCCCGUCUCCAUUAGGAGACGUAAAAAUAGUGUCCCCAAUUAGCGCUUUCGUGCUAAAUACAUUGACACUCAAAUAAAAAGUGCAUUUAUUUUUUUUAAAUUUAUCUCGCGUGCACAAAAAUGUUAAAAUUAAUUAAUUUAACCUAUGGUCUUAGCGAUUUGGUUGCGUGGCGCAAUGCAUAAUGCGAUGCUCUUUAUACACGUCGACUCUCUUGACGUCGAAUGUCUCGGGUUCCACUCCUGCCCAUUGAGACUUUUUUCUUUUUUUUUUGUAGUCGUUUUGCUUUGUUUUGUUUCUUUUUUUAAAAAAAAAACAUAUAGGAAGCGUUUUGCAGCAUCAGUUUAUUAGGAAAUAACGUCACAUUUGACAGUAAACCUAAAAAAGCUCGAACGCAGUUCCUAAUCUGCGAUUACCACUAGUUUUAAGUAGAUAAAUGAUUUUCUAGUCUGGCUUAAAAGUCCACCAGACCCAAAGGUCUAUUAGAGGGCCGAUUAUGCAGUACAUUCCGAUUUGGUUAAAGACUAAGAUCAUGUUAGUUUUGUCUGGCUACGGAGAUCGAGUCCGCGGUUCCCCGCUCUGCAGUUUUUAACAUACAGUUCAAUGAAAACACAAUAGUUCAAUAUAACCACGCCAGAAGUUGAAUAACAGCACAUUUGUUCAAGGUCAUGUCACUCAAAAAGCAUAAUAUAGAGCAUUUAUCUCCCUAAAGCUACCAACUCGUUAAUUUAAGGUGAAAUUUGAAAGUCCAACUAUUUCUCAAACUGCGGCCUAAGUUAGCCCGAGUACAGCAACAAAACCAGGGUUGCCACUGUCAGGGAAAAGUCAGGGAAAGACGAAAAGUUUUCAAGGUCAGGGAAGAGUCAGGAAUUUGUUAAAAAGUCAGGGAAAAUCUUUGAUAUUGUCAAAGUCAGUGAAAAGUCAGGAAUUCUGUUUUCCUCUUUAUAGUUCGUAAGUUUUCUUCAAGACUUUGAAAUGCAUUUUCUUUCGGAAAAGAUGAAAAGUAUACUGCAAAGCAAGCAAAGCGAUCAAUUUUAACACUCUAUGCCUGACACAUGUAGUAGUUGUGGUCCGUGGUUUUCGUUGUAAAUGCUUUCUUCCAAAUUCCUUCUUCCUCUUUCAGCGAAAAGCGGAAAGAGGUUUAAAAUGAAGAAAAAUAUCGAUGGCCGGCAAAAAAAAAGCUAAAGCGAAUGUAAACAUCGAUUGUUUCUCAUUAAUAAAAGGUCAGUGAAAACUGUUUAAAGAUCAGUGAAAAGUCAGGGAAAUUUUAACUUUCUGAUGUGUGGCAACCCUGAUAAACGUCUCUCUACUUGUUUAUGUUUGAGGCUAGGAGGCGGCUGUAGGGAGGCUAGCCUGAGCUACACUCGAUCGGUUUGAUAAACGAGUCUUAGAGGUCUAUACAAGAGAAUUUAGAAUGUAUUGAUGCACUCACUACAAUUUAUUUCGCCAAUAGCAAUGGAGGCAAAGAACGUCACAAUUGAGAUUCUAGAAGCUCAAGUAAUAAUACCAGCAGAUGCUGGCAGGGCAGUGAUACGCAUGCGCCGUCAGGGAUUUCUUGCUAUUGCUACUGCAGUGAAGUAAGUACUGAAACAGUCCAUGCUAAAAAAAGGAAAAAUAGAAGAAUGUAGCUCCUAAUAUGGUACGGCCAAAGGGGGAAUUCUUAUUAUGGUAUAGUUCGUGGUUUGUAAAUGGCAAUGACGUUUUAUAGUCUCGAACCAGGCUUUUUUUGGUAGAGGAAAAAAGACAAAUGAGCCUUUUUCCCCACUAACGAACCGGGUCCCAGGCUAACUUUGUCGGCGUCCAUGAGCAGUGUUUAAAGACAAGCCGGUAUAAUCACUAAACAGUCUCAAAGUGAGUCUUGACUAUACUUUUUUUUCCCGAGGUAUUUUUAAUCAGUGUUAUCAAUUUCAGCACUGAAGAAUACGUACCAACUCCUCGGGGUGGGUGAUCAUAACUGAGACCUCUCCCCUGGGGCUAUACCAUGCGAAUGAGUCCUAAUGAGGACGAAACAGCUGUCCAUGGCUGCCAACUCUGCGAUAUCACCCGAGUACCUUACGCAUGCGCAGAACCAUAUCACCCAGGCAGUGGUUAUCGUGGAGCUGGUACGUGUGCUACAGUGCUGAAAUUGGAAUUGUUUGAUUUUAUGCUUGAUAUAGAUGAGAACGUUGUCAGACGGGACUCCUUAAUACGUGUUUAGUGUUUUGCUUUCCUCGGUAGGGCAGUACAUAUGCAUGGUGCCCAUUUGGUCAGAAUGUACAUGUUACCCCACGGAGGGUUGACGAGUUUAAAUUUAAGAGUUCAUAGCAUUAUUAUAUGAGACUGAGUAUGAUCUGAAGAGUUAUCCAGUUCGUAGGGACCAGUUAUUCGUCGGCCUCGGCGAAUAACUCCCUCCAAUAGAUUCACAAUAAUUCAUACAUUAAAAACAAACUUAUAUUCUUACUUCGAGCGAUGUAAAGUUACCUCUUCAUUGGCUUGUUGCUUGGCAAAUUACAUAUUUAAAGGGAUUGUUUACUCCAGCCGAUGUUGCUCAAAAAUCAAUUGCAUACGUUGAGUUAUAUCUUUGCUGUUUUUCGCCAUGUUUUUAGGCAUUAGUUCUGCUAUCUUCUGGGCAAAAUGUGAAAAUUUUCCGCUAUUUUCUCUAGCAGUACGUAUACCAAGUCAGCCGAACUAGCGCAAUUUCGCCACAGAGCUUCUAGGUUGCGGUGCCUUUUCUUGCAUGUACCCUGUAGCACUGACGUCAUUUUGUCGGAUAUUGCAAACGCCUUCAAAAAAAUUAAGUCAACGUUGCCUGAUUGCGGAAGAAUCAGUCGGAGGAUUUCCGCCAAUCAGAAACAGAGAAAUUUCUUUUGAAUUAAUAGUGAUAUCUGUUGUCUGUGUUGUAUUUUCUUAGCUAUGAUAUGAAAAGCUUGACAGCUGAAACAAACAAACACUACAAGGCUGUUGCUGGGGAGCAACUGGCAUUUGCUCCGGGAGAGAUUUACAAGGAAGUUAAAAUUGGUAUCAUUAACACGGAUAACAGCUUUGAAGGCAACAAAACCUUUCAAGUCAUUUUCUCAAGUUCUCAGAGGUCCGUGACAAUAAAAGGACCGCAGCAGGUCAAUAUAACUAUCAUGUACACUAAAGGUAAGAGAAAUUCUUUUAUAUCUACCUGGUGUUUUGAAAACUGUGCUACUAAAAAUGUCAGUCUGUCUCCACUGAUUGUUAAUUUAAUGGUCCGUUUUACUGGAAACGCAGAAUCUUACCAGCAAAAAAUAUUGUAUUCAUCAUGCAUUCUCGCGAAGCCUUCUUUAUAAGGCUGGAAAAUAGGACAUUUUACGGAUUUGUUUCAUUAUCAGGGUCGCCGAUUGCAAAGCCAUUCCCCCAAUUUACC